AUGCUUCCUCUACAUGGUAGCAGCAAGAGCCUGUCUCCAUCCUAUGCCAACUCAGGCGGACCUACCAUUGUAUCUUCCACGAUUGUCGAAUCAGGUAGCACUGUGGUAGUUCCGGUCAUAACUGGAGACACAUACUCAACCCCAAUUACUCUUCCACCUGUUACAUCGACUAUCAAAAGUUCUGAAGCGACAUCCAGUGUAUCUUCAGUGUCCUCAGAUAUUGCUGGCCUGAUCCCGAUCAUCAGUUCUUGGAAGAAGAACCCAGAUCCUCUUAAAACUGAUACCCUUAAUAAGGUGAAAAACAUUCGAAGUGAAGUAGAAGGACUGAUUUCCGAUCUUGGUGGCUCAUCUUCCUCUUCAGGGUGUGGUUCAAAAAAGAAGAGAGGAUUGUUUGGUUCCAUUGGCGAUAUAAUCAACUCAUUGUCAUGCAUUGAUGAAGAUCUGCAAAAGGUCACGGACGAUAUCAACGCAAAUAAUGUUGAUUCCAUUGACGACACGCUGGAUGAACUCACAGAGGAUAACAACAAUCUCACUGAGAACGACAAUGAAGACAACACCGAAAGCAGUUCGAACUCUGAUUCAUCAACCACCCCCUCGUCCUCUUCGUGCACAGAGUCAUCCACAGCAUUCAAGGUGACUGUCAAGUGUGUACCUACCUCUUUUGUUACUGGAAGUUCCACUCUUCCCACCACAACUUGCACGCCCUCAACCACUGUCACCACCGUUGGAUGCUCAGUCACCGGGUUGACGACCACCAUCUCGACCUCUGCCUCAGCAGCUGGAACCCAAAUCCCAUGUGCUUCUGGUACAUGCGGCAAGUCAUGCCCGAUGAACAAGGGUCCUCUCAGUGGUGCUAGCAUGGGCGUUAUAGCCACCACAGAGAACUGUGCAUUGAUCUCAACAAGUACAACCGCUACCCUGCCCACUGGCAGCUAUGGUGUUGCUGGGAGCAUCGGAGUUAUAGCUCCAACACAAUCUAGCUCUGCAUCUAAGAGGAGCCAAUCCAACAGCGAUGAUAAUCACCUAGUGGAUCGCUCAUUAGUUGAACGUGCUCUUGCGGAUGUUUCCCCUCCCUACGCCGACUAUGUCAGGACGCUGACACCUACCUGGGUCAGUCAAUUGGGUGAUGCAUCAGGACAGUGGUUUGACUUCCCAACGUUUGGUCACUCGGCUGCUGGUGUUAAUGGUAUCUAUGGAUGCACAGCUGUGAUCCUUGCAUCUGAGAAAGGUGUGUACAUUUCACACAUUUGGGAGAACCCAGUCUUCAUCCACGGCGAUUACAGCCCAACCGAUGACAAUUACUUUGUAUCAACUGCCUUCAAUGCCCUACGGGAUGGUACUGCGUUUGCACAAAGUGUGACUGAUCUGAUUGGAACUGAUCAAACUCCCGGUGUUCUGAAUGCCAUCUACGCCCCCAAAGUGUUUGUCCUUACGCCUUAUACCACGGAUUUUGAUCGACAAAUGUUUGGCAUUUCAACUACGCUGAGGUAUCAAGACCGUGCAAACGACCUCGCGCAAAGACUCGCAAAUGCUAUCCCCGGCUCUGGUGGAGAAGGCAUUGUCAUGGGAUAUACACGCACAAGUCAACAGGCAUCUACCCAGGAACCAGGCGUUGCAGGUAGAGCCAUUCUCGAAGUUGACCCCUUUCAAACAUGGCUCACCACACCUAGUGAUCCAACUUCUGCGGGUCUUCAAGUUGGUCGCUGGCGCCUGUGGCUCCUGCAGGAACUUUCCAGAAACGAGCUCUGGAAUCAGUACCUCCCAAGGCUCGAGUGCGACCACUUUCCGGAGCUCAAUCUCUACCUCGCAACCAUUGCCUUCUGGAAACUCUGCAUCAUCGUCAAGGUUCCCGUCAGCCACAUCUUCAAUCUCGGGAAGUGUAUCAUCAUCGGCAAUAGCUUCAUCAUCACUUUCACGCUCGUCUUCCACGCCGUCUUCAGAAGCAAGCUCGUCAUCCACACGCCUCUGAUUUCCGAUUACUGCACUGAUUACACCACUUUCCCAUCAAGCAUCACGCCAGAAUCAACUGCAACUCAAGCUCCUACAACAGCGACACCUGAGCCUAUCAUCAAGACCGAAGAUGGAAACAUCAUCUCCUACCCUUCGCGAACUCUUGAAUACGGAGAAGUCUACGGCAAGCAAUACACUUUCACAAAUGGCGCCGGCUCCCCUGUCACCUUGGAAACAGCGGCCCCAACCCAGACCGACGCCAACAAUAAGGGCUCAAGUCAAUGCAAAAGUGUUGACGAUGCUUGCCAGCGGGCUUAUGAGCAGUUCGAAGAUGAUACUGUCUACAGCGAUUUUGCAUCCUAUACUGCCAAGAUCCAGAGUGGCAUGGUUAUGGUUGCGACUUUUGGCCAGGCUGGUUGUGUUGCCCAGUAUAAGUGUGAUGACUAUGGAUUUGGAAUGACUGGACGACAGAUCAAAGAUGCGGUCGAGUAUAUGAAGGACAAUGACGGUGUUGAGAAGUGUGGCACUACCUAUCUUUCUAACUCCUGCCAUGUCACACUGAACUACUGCACCAGUUGCAAGUCACAACACUAA